UGUAAAAAGGUCAGUAAAAAUGCAGCUCUAUCCCAGUGCAGUUGUGGCCCUGCAUUCUUGGCAUUUAAUGGGAACUCUGAUAUUUUUUUCAUGUCUACUUUCACAACUUUGUGCAUUCAAUCUCGACACUGAGAAUCCAGUCAUUUACACAGGACCUAAAGGAAGUAAUUUUGGAUUUUCUGUUGAGUUCUACAUGCCUGAGGCUGGCACUCGAGGUGUCCUUAUCGGUGCUCCAAAGGCAAAUACAACCCAAGAAAAGGUUACAGAAGGCGGAGCAGUGUUUCAUUGCCCUUGGUCGUCUAAUGGAAGUCUAUGUACAUUAAUACCAUUUGAUAACAAAGGUGACCGAUACAUUAAUCGCACAUAUGAGACUCUGAUGGAAGAUAAAUCCAACCAGUGGUUUGGAGCAACAGUCAAAGCACACAAGGACAAAAUUGUGGCCUGUGCCCCAAUGUAUCGCUGGAAGUAUGUGAAAUCAACCUACACAGGGGACCUCACUAGUGGGAGUACACCAGUGGGCUCUUGCCUGAUAGCAUCCAAGAAUUUCAGCACCUAUGCAGAAUAUUCUCCCUGCCGCUCCAAUCUUUUGGAAGUACAGAUAAAAAAUGGUCCUGAUCAACGUUUUUGUGAAGCAGGAUGGAGCAGUGAGCUCACAAAGGGAGGAAAACUGCUCUUGGGAGCACCCGGCAGCUUCUUUUGGCAAGGUCAAUUGAUCGCUGCCAACGUUGAUGAUAUUCUCAAAAAUUAUAACUACAAUGAUCCUCUAAAAGUAUUGGGAAUGAAGGAACAAACUGGAGAUGCAAAAGGGAAACGAGAUAACAUCUUUAUGGGAUACUCACUUGCCUUGGGGGAGUUCACAGGAGACUCUAUAAAUGAAUAUCUCGUGGGAGCUCCCAGAGACAAACACACUUUGGGUUCUGUGACUAUCUUGUGGUCUAAUAUGACAGCCAUAAAAAGCAUUAUUGGUGAGCAGGUGGCAGCAUAUUUUGGCUAUACAGUGACCGUCUUGGAUAUAAACAGUGAUGGGAGAGAUGAUAUUUUAGUUGGAGCUCCACUGUUUAUGAACCGAGGACAGGAUGGUAAACUGCACGAGCUUGGGCGGAUGUACAUUUAUUUACAGGAGGAACCUGGAGUCUUCAUAGAACCACCACAGACCUUAACAGGGACAGACAAAUAUGGCAGAUUUGGAAGUGCCAUCACCUCCCUUGGGGACCUGGAUUAUGAUGGAUACAAGGAUGUAGCAGUUGGAGCCCCAUUUGCUGGUGAAGAUGGUAAAGGAAGGGUGUUUGUUUACCUGGGACAUACGACUGGCCUCUACCAAAAGCCUUUUCAAGAACUGCAGGGAAGUUGGACUCCUGAUGUGAUAUCAGCAGGAUUUGGCUUUGCAUUGAAAGGAGGUUCGGAUAUUGAUGAAAAUAAUUUCCCAGAUUUGAUUGUUGGUGCUCAUGAUGCCGAUAAUGUUCUGGUGUACAGGGCAAAACCAGUUGUAGCAGCCAAUGUUAAACUCACACUUGAACCAGAUAUUCUGAAUCCAGAAUUCAAGGCAUGCUUGAACACAAAGUCUGGAACUUCUAUCCCUGUGACAUGUUUUAAGGUGCAGAUGUGUGCAGAAGUGCAAGGCCAUGAUAUUGUUCAGCAGUACGUUCUGAAUGCUCAGGUUGAGCUGGACAAAAACAAGCAUAGGUCUCAAAGACGAACAUUCUUUCUGCAUUCACACCAAACAGAAGAACGAUUUCCGUUUCCGCCAAUAAAAAACAAGCAACAAUUCUGCAAAAAUUUCACUGCUUACCUCAAGGAUGAAGCAGAGUUUAAAGACAAGCUGAGCCCGAUUGUUGUGACGAUGAACUGCAGUCUAGCGGAGGUGCCACUGAGCAGCUCUGGCACCCUGCCCAUGGUGUUGAGUCCUCACAGUAAGGUCCUGGUCACAGAGAAGGCGCGUAUUCUCCUGCACUGUGGCGAUGAUCACAUCUGCAUCCCAAAUCUCAACCUGUCAGCAACAGUAGAUGAAGACCAUAUCUUUGCUGGGGAAUCCAGCCUUCUGACUGUCUUUUUCAAUGCUGUCAAUCUUGGAGAAGGAGCAUAUGAAACUGAACUGCAUAUCCCCCUCCCUCCUCAAGUUGACUUCAUAAGUGUUGUGCGAGGUGAUAAGAGCCUUACCAAAUUGAGCUGUAACCCAGUGAUGAGCAAUGGCAGUCAAGCAGUGAGCUGUGACCUAGGGAAUCCAAUGGAAAAUGGCACCAAGAUAUCUGCAGGACUCCAUUUCACGGUGCACAGCUUGGAGCAGGUGGAAACCAUCACAAUCAGCAUGCAGAUAAAAAGUAAAAACACUCAAAACUCUGAUAGUGAGGUGGUCCAGGUGAAGUUGCAAGUGAAAGCUGUGGCUCAGCUUGUUCUCAGGGGGGUUUCUCAGCCCAACAAGGUAUUCCUCCCAUUUAUCAGUUUGGAAUCGCCUUCAGAUACGGUGAUGGAGAACAACACUCUACAGGUGAUAGCACACACUUAUGAGCUGCAUAACAAUGGCCCAUCAACAAUUAGUAAAGCCCUGAUUGAACUCGACUGGCCUGCAGAUUUCAAUGGUGAUGAUCUCCUGUUCACAUCUAAGUUUGAACCAUGGGGUGAAAUCAAGUGCACUGUAAACUCCUCCAAUGCUGACAAAUGGGUACAGCCUUUAAGUACAGUGAAGCCUCACAUUACUAACAUUCGUCGUGAGAUGAAUAAAAGAGAUGUCAGCAAGCCUGAAAUAUUAAUGGAGGAGACCAUCUUCAAUCUGACCUGUGACACGGUCACCUGUGUGAAACUUUUCUGCGAAGUGGGUCGCCUGGAGAGACAAAAGGCAGCCUCGAUAAGCAUACAAUCCUCUCUCAGAGUAGAGCCUUUCAUUAAGAAGCUUUACAAACAGUAUAUUUUCCAGUCCAAAGCAUCUUUCAUUGUGCAAGAAAUGCCAUACAAAGUACGUCCUGAUGAAUUCCCCAGAGGCAAUAUUGUGGUGCAAACUGUAAUUGAAUCGAGAGAAGAUGAGGGUGCUGGGAAUGUACCGGUCUGGUGUAUUAUUGUUGCAGUGAUUGGUGGCCUGCUGCUUGUAGCUCUGGUGACAUUCAUCCUUUGGAAGUGUGGAUUUUUCAAAAGGAAACUGCCACCAACCGAAAAUGAGGAACUCCUGUGACAUCUAACCAAUACUAACACCCGUAUCCCAUCUUUUGCAAUCUGAAAAAACCUGUGGUCUCUUCAAAGCCCGAUGAAAUUCCAUCAAAUACAUUUUCACCUUUGUGCUAACGGUGUCAAUUCCCUUCACCAUCAGCUCCUUCAUUAACACCAACAAUUAGAAAAUAGUGCACUGGGCAGCCAAGUGGAUCUCAUGAGUCCAUUAGGCUAGAUCCCCAGCAGAAACCAGAAUGUGAUUUCUGAAGUAUUUUAAAGUAUAUUAAAGUAGUUAGUGACUUUGCAGAUGCCUUAAUUAAAAAUACUGAGUCACAGUUAAUCAAGACAAUUUUCUAAACAUAGAUAAUUACUUACCCAGAACAAGCUCAAAUAAUCUGAACUAACCACUAUCUCUUGUUAUGAGACAGGCAUAGGUGUAGUUUCUUCUUGCUUUUUAUUUCCUAUAUUGCACCAUAUACUCUAACCCACACAAAACGGGGAAAUCGCAUCCAGCCCUUCAUGGUUCAUCCUCCUCCUCUGACUGUUAUAGUGAUUAUCAACUCCAAUUACCCCUUUACCCUUCUCAAAUCCCCUUCAUCCUUGCAUCUCUUUCAGUCAUUGUACUCCACCAGUCCCUUCUCCAGUAAGGCAACUGCAGUCUUCUAGCAAAGCCCAACCUUAGUAUCUCAAGCAGCAACUAUCCUAUUGCAAGCAUAUUUAUCAUGGGUAUUUUGAACCUCAUUUCUGUGGGUUAUAUUCUACUGUCAGUAUUUUUCCAGUUAUACGAAUCAGAACCUGACAGUUUGAGAUCUAUUUGUAUCAGAGUGUUUUAAAGUUGUAGACAGUUUCCUCUUCACUUUGGUUUGUGAGUUUUUUAAAUGUUUCAAUGAUUAAAGAUAUUGCACAGGGCAAAACUAAGCUAAGUGGACGUCCCUUAUUAUUUCUGCUUAUUUCUUUUCAGCUACCUUCUCCCCCCCCACCCCAUCAAAUAAUUUUCUUUCAAUUUAUUUCUCAAUAGCUACAAAUUAAAAAGGAAGGAUAAUGAUAUCCAAAGGAUCAAUGAACAGUAGUGAAAUGCCAGGGGGAUUACUGCUCUAAUUAUUCCUAAUAAAUAUAGCAAAAUAACUGCCAUGACUGUAAAUAAAUAUUUUGUCUCAACAAAUGUGGAAUUUUGGUUUUGUAUUUCUCCUGAAGUUGAAAGUGAUAAUUUGUGUUAGCAGUUCUAUUUCUCCAAUUCCUAGGGCUUGCAACAAUUAUCUGACUUGUAUGGUUGAAAAAUAAAAUGUUGCUGAAAUUAA